AUGCACUACCUAGCCCUCUCGCUCUUCGCAUUGUACGGCUCGUUCGUCCUGCUGUUUGUGAUCUUGUUCGUGGCCGACGUGGAGGACAAACAGGUUCGAUCAAAUGAAACGGAGCCCGAGCGCGAGAAACAUUUGGGGAAUAUGACGUUGCUCGAGGAUCUUCCUCAUUCCUACGGCCAUUUCUCGGGCCACACCGAGAAUCGCUAG